AUGCAAAGAGAAACUAUCUUUAGAUUGGACCAAAGACGAGAUGGACCAGUUUAUAAGGAGGAAAUACCCCUUGCUUGGAACAUCCACUUACAAACUGUGUAAACUGGACAAAAGAAAGCUGGAACCUCUGCCUGAACAUUCUACCACUCCAGCAUGUAUAAAGCAGUGGGGACAAAUGAAGUGUUCUGCAUUAUAUAUUAUGCCUGACGGUGAACUUGAUGUACACUGGGUUGAAUCAGUGACACCAUCCACACAGGAAAGGGACACACCAGAACAGACACCUUCAGGCAGCAGUACUGGACAGAUACCCAGCAGUAUUGGACAGAUACCCAGCAGUAUUGGACAGAUACCCAGCAGUAGUGGACAGAUACCUAGCAGUAUUGGACAGAUACCCAGCAGUAUUGCACAGAUACCCAGCAGUAUUGCACAGAUACCAAGCAGUAGUGGACAGAUACCUAGCAGUAUUGGACAGAUACCCAGCAGUAUUGCACAGAUACCCAGCAGUAUUGCACAGAUACCCAGCAGUAGUGGACAGAUACCCAGCAGUAGUGGACAGAUACCCAGCAGUAGUGGUCAGAUACCCAGCAGUAGUGGUCAGAUACCCAGCAGUAGUGGACAGAUACCCAGCAGUAGUGGUCAGAUACCCAGCAGUAUUAGACAGAUACCCAGCAGUAUUGGACAGAUACCCAGCAGUAUUGGACAGAUACCCAGCAGUAUUGGACAGAUACCCAGCAGUAUUGGACAGAUACCCAGCAGUAGUGGUCAGUCCCAGGUUGAAUCGGUGACACCAUCCACACAGGAGAGGGACACACCAGAACAGACACCUUCAGGCAGCAGUACUGGACAGAUACCUAACAGUUUUGGACAGAUGCCCAGCAGUACUGGACAGAUACCCAGCAGUAUUGGACAGAUGUCCAGCAGUAGUGGACAAAUACCCAGCAGUAUUGGACAGAUGUCCAGCAGUAUUGCACAGAUACCCAGCAGUAUUGGACAUAUGUCCAGCAGUAGUGGACAGAUACCCAGCAGUAGUGGACAGAUACCCAGCAGUAGUGGACAGAUACCCAGCAGUAAUGAUCAGUCCCAG